AUGGUGCUUCAACUCCCGUCCCACACCAUGUGUGUUGGUGUUCACGAUGGACCGGAAGCAAAACCGGAACGGCCAACCGCAUCGAAUCAUCAUCAUCAUCAUCAUCAUCAUCAUCAUUAUCAACAACAACAACAACAACAACCAGAGGAUGAUAUGUUGAAUACACCCACGAACUCAUCCACUCUCACUCCUGGCCUGGUCAUUGACGAGGAACAGCCCAGAUUUCUUACCGGUUGGGUUCCUGUGGUAAAAAUAUUCACUACCAAAAACCGGGCUGUUCGUGCUCUGUGGGCUGUGUUCACCGUGUGCAUGGUAGUUGCCCUGGUCAGUUCGAUCACUGUUGUGGUGCAUCGACAUUUAUCCUAUGUGACGGUAAUACGAUUGGACGAACGGGGGCCACAAGACGAUUUGCCUCCUCCGGCAGUGACCAUCUGUCUGGUGGAGCAUGAACUUACCCACCUGAAUGUGAAUCGAUUGAUUCGACUAGGUAAGCACAAUUGGAAUAUCAUACACGGGACAACGAAACAUUGUGACGAGCAAAACGUGGUCACAUGGAAUUCGGCCACAGACGCCGUGUCUCCCAUCUACAAUCACAGUGCGCAUAUUCUGGUCACAUUUGCCACAGAUCCGGUAGUCUGUUUCACACUGAAAGUACUGGAACAGGUACCGGCUCCGCCUAAUUCAAUCUGUACCACGUUUGAGACAAUGCCCAGAUUUCCGAAAAAUGCCAGUUUCUGGAAAGUGGUAAGUUCGGGUUUUGUGGAAUGUUCGCAUAUAUCUUUGUUCUGGCCGUGCACCGGGAGGAAACCGCAACGAUACUCGUAA